UCAAAGUUGACAUAGUAGAUAAAUUAUGACGUAUCGGUGAUACUGAUUUUGGUAGCGAAUUUCUGUAUUAAAUAAUGAUAAAUUAUGCGUUCCUCGUGUAGUGAAACGUCACCAGAAGAACUGGAGUUCCGCGGAGAGACGUACAUAACUCAUCACAACUACGGUUCUUAUCCCUGUGUAUCAAACUUCUGCAAGAAGAUACAAACGCAAGAGAAUAUCAAGGUUGCUCAUACAGUUUUAGCAGGUUCGCCAUUUCCUGAUAGAUGGUCAUCGGAAACCAUAACCAAUGAAUCGCAAUAUGAAGAGAUAAUACUUCAGUACAAGAGACUACUUGAAGAAGCCGAAUAUGCGCUUGCAAAUAAAGACGAACUAAUCGAGUUGCUUCAGAAUCAACUUUUAAAAUUAGAAAACUUAUACAAGGAAUCGGUGAACAAAAUGGAAAAUUACAGAUAUCAGUUUGUCGUCGCUUCCAAGGAGCUUGAAAAUUUAAGGAAGAUUUGUGCACAGUAUAAGCAAAAUAACGAUAAAUUGUUGAGAGAUAGCGAAGUGCCUGGGUUGAAAAAGGGAAUCUCUCAACUGGAAAAGGAAAACAAAUAUUUAAAAAAUGUGUGCAAUGAAUUAUCAAAAAAGAUAGAUGUUGAACAACAACAUUCCAAAUCUUCAGUGUCAAGCGGUACGCAAUCAAGUUCAAUUUACGACCCCUUAGAUAACUUGAAAGAUUACUGCAUCAAAAUAGAAAAAUUAUUGCAAUUCCAAAAUAAAAAAAUAGAAUCGCUUACUACGAAAUGGGACGACGAAAAGGAGGUCUCAGUCACCUGUACAAAUUCAUGUUGUAAAUGUUCAACAAAUCUGGAAGAAAUACUAAUUGAUAUUUCCAACAAAGCCAGUUUCCACAAUGAAAAUCUUAUGAAGUUGCUCAAUGAAAAUCAAACCAUUAAACAUGCCGUUACCAAUUUAGAAACGGAAGUAUUGGCUAGUAUUCCAAAUACACAUUCAACUAUCAAUGACGUAAAUAGUACUAAACGUAAUGCUAAAGUUAAAAAAUGUUCAUGCUCUGACAAGGUUCAUGUAGAAUCGAAUGGGUUGCUAGAAAAUAUUUUGUCAAAGGAACUAGACAUUGAGAAAAUUGAACACGAAAAAGAGGAAUAUAGAGUAAAGUUUGAAGAGUCGUCUAGAAAAGAACGUUAUAUAAACUCUGAAUUGCGAAAUAAAAUUAGUGAAUUGAAUAUGAAGGUUCAGGAAGUAGACGAGUUGAAAGCUCAAGCGACACAGUUCCAGAAACUGCUCGAAACGCUUAAACAGGAAAAUGAAGCGUACUUGAAAGAAUUGAGAAGCUUAGCACCUGCAAAAAAGUUGGAAGAGGAACAAACAAGUCAAAGCUUGCGACAACUUAAGGAACAGCUGGAGUUUAAAACGUUGGAAAAUCAAAAAUUGCUCGAAUGUGAAAAGGCACUAAGAAAACACGUUCAAAACCUAGAGCAUAAAAUCGAAGAAAUGGACCGCGAGUUUGUGUCUGAACUAAACAAACGAAACGUUCGUAUUGCUUCACUACAAGACCAAUAUAGUCAAUAUAAGACGGAAUCUGAAGAAAAAAUACGUGUACUCGAACAAAAAAAUGCAACAUUCCAAGAAUUAGUACUUUCGAAAUCUCAAGAAAUUAGUACCUUAACUGAAAACCUGCGGCAAUUAAAUGAAAACUUAGAAGUCGCCAAAUUAAGAAAUAAGAAGAUUUUGCAGGGUAAUGAAAAGUCGAUCGGCGAAAUUUCUACGUUGUUUAAAAAUAAAGAAAACCAAUGUCAUGAGUUAGCGCAAAAAGUGAAUGUUUUAGAAAAUACUGCGCCAACUGAUGGUGCCUGUGAUUAUGACAUAGAUCAUAUACGGUCAGAAUUUAGGAUCGUUUUUCGUGAAGUCUUAGAGGUUUUAAAAAACGUGCAACAACGAAUCGCGAAUAAUUCUUGUGAGAUUAGUGUGCCACCUACAGCAGUAGAAGACAUCACUUUUCAUAUGCACCGAUUUAAUGUCAUUUUGGGGAACGAUGACGUGAGCGGUAACUACACGAGGAGGUCUUAUACAAUUAUUCCAAAUACUUCAUCAGGCUCACAUAGAGCAUUACCACGAAAAGGCUUCGAAACAAAGGAGAAGAUAUUACACAAUUUGCCGAUGGUGGAAGCUAAACUAGACGAUGGAAAUACUAGUGAAAAUGAAAGGGAGUUAAGCAAUGAAGUAUCACUUUGCCCAUCUCCAUUCCAUCCUACAGUUGCAGAUAACGUUGGCGAUAGCAGUUUUAUACUAACUAUGCAACAAAUGGAAAAUGAUUUGAAAGCAUUAAAAGAUCAAUUGAAAGAGGCCACUGCCAUAGAACACAAAGCAGAAAAACAGUUCAGUAAUUUGGUUUUUAAAACUAACAAGCACGAAUCUCCCACCACACAAACGAAAAAUUUCCCUGGAGUAGAGAGUAGAGAGUACGUUGAUAUUGAGAUUACAGUGGCGGUCGAAAAUAAUGGCGAUGACAAGAUAACAAACACAAAAGGCAGUCUCAUUCCCUUACCAAUUCCAACAUGUAAAUCUAAUCAUGGUGAAUGCAGAGGGCGUUGUAGGAAACGAGGCACAUCGGUACCCCCAACCCAGCAACUAGAUUCAAUCACGGAUUCGGCGGAUAAUGAAUAUAUAUGUCCCUGUUCUUGGUGCGUUCAGCAUAGGCUACAUUCUCAGAUGACAGCGACACGUCCAUCAACCAAAGGAAAGGAUUGUAGUGCAACUUGUUCUAAAAAAAAGUGAUAUACUUACUUAUAUGCAAAGUCAAUAAAAAAUAGUGUGGGAG